AACCACAUCAAAACUAAAAAGUUCCAUUCUUUUUUCCUUCAUCUUUUUCAAAAACCUUUUAUUAAAAAAUCAAAAAUCAAAAACCUAUUUCUAAAAAAUUGCAAAAUUAUUAGCCAUUGAGAAUUGGAUAAGCAAAGUGAAGAGAAAAAGGAAGAACAAAGAACAAAUUCUAAGAACACCAAAAGCGAAAAAAAUCUCAAAACCCUAUCCUUUUCUCAUCAAUGGCCUCCCUCUCCUUCAUUUCUCCUCCUUCUAUUUCCUCCUCUCGCCAUGUUUCCUCCAUAGCCAACCUUCUCCUCCGCUCCUCAAAACCCCUAAAUCUCUCCACCCAUUACCGCCCUCUCUCCGUCCACGCCCGCGUCUCCACUCUCACUCAAGACGACCUCAAGAAACUCGCCGCCGACAAAGCCGUCGAGUAUGUCAAAAGCGGCAUGGUCCUCGGCCUCGGCACCGGCUCCACUGCCGCCUUCGUCGUCGCUAAGAUCGGCGAGCUUCUCAAGACUAAUCAAUUAACCGACAUUGUAGGAAUCCCCACCUCGAAACGAACGGAAGAACAAGCUAGGUCAUUAGGAAUUCCUCUCUCUGUAUUAGACGACCAUCCGCAUCUCGAUUUAGCUAUCGAUGGCGCUGAUGAAGUCGAUCCAGAUCUGAAUCUCGUCAAAGGCCGUGGCGGCGCUUUACUGCGUGAGAAGAUGGUGGAGGCAGCAUCCGAUAAGUUCGUCGUCGUCGUUGAUGACACUAAAUUAGUCGAUGGUCUAGGCGGGAGCGGUCUCGCGAUGCCGGUUGAAGUUGUUCAAUUUUGCUGGAAAUACAAUUUGGUGAGGCUUCAAGAGCUGUUUAAGGAGGAAGGUUGUGAGGCAAAACUCCGAUUAGACGGCGACGAGAAGCCUUAUGUUACCGAUAACUCGAAUUACAUUGUGGAUUUGUAUUUCAAGACUCCGAUUAAGGAUGGAUUGGCGGCCGGAAAAGAGAUAUCGUCGUUUGAAGGAGUGGUGGAGCAUGGAUUGUUUUUGGAUAUGGCGACCGCGGUGAUCAUCGCCGGAAAAGAUGGGAUUGAUAUCAAGAACAAAUGAUGAUCUCUGUUUCCAGUAACUACUUCAAUUGGUGAGUUCGUAUGAAAAACUGUCACAAUUUCUUCUUUGCAACUUUUUUGUUUUGUUUUUUGAGUUCAUGAUUUGUUGGUAAGAAUGAGCUUGAUUUCAUCAUUGUAUUAUAAGAAAUGUUGUGGAAAUUUUUGUUGAUGGUGAUGAAAUGCUCAAAAUUUGGGAUGGGAUAAAUGUAAAUUGUUAAAUGAGGAAAGUAAAAACUAUGGAAUGUUAUAAAUUAUAUUGAAGGAUAGAAGAAUGAACAACAUGAACAUGAA